ACCAUGACACCCCUCAUGAUUGCGUUCUUCCUCGAAUGUCUGUUCUUGGUGGAGAUGGCUCAGACAUCGGAUCCAAAAUCGUUGAUCAAAGUGCGCCAAGAGAGUGGACUCAUAUCAGCUAAUGUUGGUGAGGAGGUCACUUUGAGUUGUUUCUGUGAAGAUGAAUUUGCAUCAAAGUAUUACUGGUACAAGCAAACUCUGGGACAGAAACCAGAGCUCAUCUCUAUGUCCUACAAAUGUGAAACAAAUGUAAACUUUCACGGUGAAUUCCAGAAUAAUUCACGCUUCACACUGGAUAAUACAAAUGGUCGUAAUCACUUAAGGAUCACAGACGUGCGCAUUACAGACACAGCUACUUACUACUGUGCACAUAGCCGUUCAUAUAAGAUUGAAUUUAUAGAGGGCACUACUCUCAGUGUAAAAGGCUCAGGUUUGAACUUUCAAUUGUUGAUCAAUCAGUCAGCAUCUGAGACCACCAAGCAUGGAGAUGCUGUGACCCUGAGCUGUACGGUCCACACUGGGACCUGUGAUGGAGAACACAGUGUUUACUGGUUCAGAAACUCUGAAGAAUCUCACGCAGGACUCAUUUACACCCAAGGAGACAGGAAUAGUUCAUGUCCGAGGAAACCCAACCAACAAAGCUGUGAGUACAACUUACCAAUAAAGAGCGUUGAUCACUCUCAUGCUGGGACUUACUACUGCGCUGUCGCUUCAUGUGGACACAUUCUGUUUGGAAACAGGACCAAGGUGAUCAUCACAGGACAUGAGGUGUCACUACAGGUUGACCAAUCAAAAGCAGUCUUCUCUAUGAGGUGUCGAGAAGAGAUCAAGAGUCUUCUCAUUCAGCACUGCAAUUUGAGCACGAUGACAGCUCCAAAGUUACUUUUCUAUUUCACAUUUCUCAUCUUGGACAAAAGUGCUCAGAUGACUGAUCAAUCCUCAUCUUUUCAUCAAGAGAGAGAACUUAUAUCAGCAAAUGUCGGAGACAACAUAACUUUGAAAUGUAUCUAUGAAGAUAAAACGGUACAACGUUUUUUCUGGUAUAAGCAACCUCUCGGACAGAAACCAAGACUGAUGUCUACCUUCUAUGGGUCCAUUCAGAACAUUGCAUUUCAUGAUGAGUGGAAGAACAAUCCACGCUUUACACUGGAAGCCGUAAAUGGUGGAAAUCACUUGAAUAUCACAGAUUUACAAAUUUCAGACACAGCUACUUACUUCUGCGCGGUUAGCUUUUCAGUAACUUGUAAAUUUGCAGUGGGUACUUUAGUCAGCGUUAAGAGUUCAGGUUUGAAUAUCCCGGCUACGGUUUAUCAGUCAGAAUCUGAGAUCAUCCAGCUUGGAAGCUCUGUGACUCUGAACUGUACAGUCCACACUGGGACCUGUGAUGGAGAACACAAUGUUUACUGGUUCAGAAACUCUGAAGAAUCUCAUCCAGGACUCAUUUACACCCAUGGCUUCAGCAAUGAUCAGUGUGUGAGGAGCCCCAACACAGAAACAAACACCUGUGUCUACAACUUGCCAUUGAAGAGUGUCAAUAGCUCUCAUGCUGGGACUUACUACUGCGCUGUUGCCUCAUGUGGACGCAUUCUCUUCGGAAACGGGACCCACCUGGACAUUGACAAAGAGGACUACUCCCAUAUCUUGGUGUAUUUCUUGAGUGGAGCUUUGACAUUAACCACCAUCCUUAGUUUUUCACUCACUGUGAUACUGUUCAGUAUUAGGAGGAAAAGCAGCUUUCACUCUGGAGGAACUUCGGCUUCUUCUGCUACGAAUACACAGGGUCACAUAAAUGAAGAUAAUCUUCAUUACGCUGCUUUAAGGGUAAACCAGGCCAGCAGAUCAAGAAGACAUGUGGACGACACACUAGCUGAAUGUGUGUACUCCAGAGUAAAGACAUAAAUCAUGACGCUUCAUCUUUGGCUACCUGUGGCAGGCCAUGAACUAUUGACUGUGUUUACCGGUUAUUUGGCUUUUCAGACAACAGGGAUCUUUCAAAUGUUUUACCAUGAAUGUCUAUUGUAAAACAGUAAUACUGUAAUACAAAUCAAAAUAAUACAAAUAGUGUGACAUACAAUUUAUUUAGUACAAUGAUUUUCAGUUUCUCUCUAAUUGUAUGUUACAGUGUUAUGACCCUGGGUCAUGUUUUUUUUACUGUGGUGCAGUAUGUUCAGUUCUUUCUCCUCCCUUGCAGUGUGUGGGUGUGUAUUUGGGAAAAUGUGUCUGUGUGUGUGUGUGUGUGUGUGUGUGUGUGUGUGUGUGUGUGUGUGUGUGUGUGUGUGUGUGUGUGUGUGUGUGUGUGUGUGUGUGUGUGUGUGUCUGUCAAUCAGAUGCUGGUGCAGGUGCUGCGUCUGAUUGGUCAGUUCAACUAGUAUUCCUGGAUUACACCUGACAUGACAACUUUUAAUGUUGUAUUCCAUUAGAUCUCAGAACUCAGAAAUUCAGAGUUGCUGGUCUGAUACGUAAACAGGGACAUGUAAUUAAAUCAAUCACACCUAUAGUGUCGUGCAAGUUGUAUCUGUGGACAUGUUGUCAUGUUACUAAACUAUCAGGUAGUGUGUUGUUAUUGCCUGGUAUUAGCUAACAAAACAAAGGUACUGAAGGAGGAGUCCAUGUUUCUUGUCCGACUUGUUGCAGACUCACAACUGGAACUCGGUUAAUUGGGCUGUGUGGUCAUUCCCAGAUCCGAGUUCUGAAGUAAAAGGAACGGACCAUAAAUCUCAGCUGCUGCAGCCUGCUCUCCUUCCUUCACCUCACACUUUUACUAAAACCAGCAUUUAGCUCUGAGAUCUACAGUCUUUAGAUCGUUGAAAAUUAUGGAGGCCUGAGUUUUUUAGAUUAUGUGUGUUCGAUAUUUUUAGUGAUAUUUUGUAUAUAACUUCUGAAAAACAGAUCAUUGAACACUUGAUCAGCAGUGUAGGAAUGACUAGCCUUUUUUUAUUUUCCUGUGAUGUGUAGAUUGUUUAAACUUGUGUUUUGGUUGGGGACCAUUUAAACUUGUGUUUUGGUUGGGGGCCAUUGGGGAUUUUAUUAAAUAACUUUUGCUUGAUGUUUUAGGCACUGCCCAGCUCUGUAUUAAAAUAAACAGCUGCUUGAACUCUGAA